UUGCAAAGCUCUUCAGUUAAAUCCAGCCAAAGAUCCUCCUGGAAGAAUCGCAUUUUUCUUGUUAAUAAAUGCAUUUUGCAGUAACUUUAACAAUGAAUGAUGGGAAACAACAUCAGUAACGGUGAUUCUGAUGACGAGAGAGAGUUCAGAAACAUGGAUGAAAGCGGUUCUGAAACAGAAGAUUUGAAUGAAAAAGAAAGCCAGGCACUUACAGAUUUAGAUUCUUUAUUCAAACAUGCAGAGCUUCGAACUAUAGCUGCCAAGAUAAAGGAGGACAUUCCCGAGAAUGUUAUACAGCAGCAUCGGUACCAGAUUAUCCGCUGGCUGGAUGAUCGAGAGGCGAAGAGUGAGGAGACAGUUACACUGGCCCAGUUCUGUGACAUGCUCAUGAAUAAACCUGGUGUAUCUAGGGAGGAUGCUAUUAGAGCAUUCCAGCAGUUUGACACUGAUGGUAGUGGUGUGGUAGAGGUCAGCACUAUACUCGCAGCCAUCAAAUAUUCCAAUGGUCCAAACAUGAUCGGUGAACUUGGAAAGAGUAUACGUAUGUUACAGGCAUGCUCACUGACACCUGGUUUUGUUGAUGUGUACUCAGAAGACAAGAAUGCUGUCAGUCAGCAUGCUGAGAGAAUACUUAAGUACUUGUUGAGAAAUCGUGCACCCAGUCACAGUCUACCGUUUCCACACCUGAAUGGUUUCAACAACACAUCCAGUAUGAGGUUGUCAGUACUCAAAAAUACAUUCAAUCAACUCAAAGAUGUUGCUCGAGGUGAACUAGCAGAGACCUCAUUGUCAGAUGGAGAAGAGGUGAAGUUGUUAAACCCUUGCUAUAGUUCUCUUGAAGUCUCUUCAAAUAAUUCAGAUGCACACAGGUUGAGCAAUGGUUUACCACAUACAUUCUGGCAGUCUGAUGGUGCAGCCAGGUCUCACUGGAUCAGAUUACAUCUGAGGAACAAUGUUGUGAUAAAAAAUCUGUCAAUCAAUGUCGCAUCAGCUGACUCGAGCUAUAUGCCUGAGCACGUGACUAUAACAGCGGGUAGGAGCGCUCACAAUCUGAGAGAGAUUAAGGACAUCAGGAUCUCGAGCAGUGUUACAGGCGACGUUAUUUUACUGAAGAAUGCCAAAUGCCACUAUCCAAUGGUUCAGAUUAACAUAAAGAGAUGUAGAAAUGAUGGCUGUGAUACAAGAAUACAUGGAGUGAAAGCUGUUGGAUAUAAGGUAGUGAAGGAGCCGGGCAUCAGUGUUUCAGAUUCAGCAGCAGUCUGGUUUCUACAGGUUUUGGCAUCUACUGUGACAGCUUCUAUACCACUGGCCCCUGUGCUACAGAAAAACAUAAUUGAACACUCAAAAAAUGCUCUUGAGCACAUUCCGCCACUGUCAUUGAGUCCAGCUUGUGCUGAUAAACCAGGUUUCCUUACAAAACUUGUGCUGCAAGAAGUGGAAAAGUUCAUCACAGAUGUAGCAGUACAAAACAAUGACAUGCUAGCUGAUGGUGUACACUUACUGUUAGCUUUCAACCUGGCUCGAGGACAUAUAGGUGGACUGCUUAGAACUCUCAAGAUUCUUCAAGAGCACACAGAUUUGUCACUGCCUUGUACACAGCUUAUGGCCAAAAUGCAAAAAUCUAGAGACUUCUGUUGGGAAAAGUCAGGACACCAGUUACAGUUUACAAUGGCUGGGUGUGAUGGUGGAAACUCGGAGGAACAGGGCAAUUCUAAACCAGAAAAUGUUCUCAUACCAAACUGGACAGACCCUUCUCCAGCAUACAUGACUGCAGAGGGUAAAACCAAGGUGAACAUGUUCUUCAAGUCCUCGGAACUGAUACAGAUCACUAGACUCAAAAUAAAGGUAGUAUCUGGAGUAAAAGGUGCUAAACGUGGACUAGUGUUUGUAUAUAGAGACCAGGAUGAGUUUAACCUUGAGAAACAUGUAGAAAGAUUUGAAGGCUAUGAUACCUGGGGCAAACUGGAGUAUCAGUUCAGUGUACAAGUCAGGAAUGCAGGUAUAGCAGGUAAACCAGACAAUCCUGUGGCAUACUUUACCUUUGAUGAUGAUUGUGAUGAAAUUGAAGUUCCUGUUUCCUGGCACCCAGUAGGACAGUAUGUGCUAGUGAAGUUUCUGGAACCCCGGAAAACUAGUGCUGUAGUUGGUGUUGCGGGGAUAAAGUUCUGCGGCUUUACCAGAAAACCAGUGCUGGUGGAAGAUCAGGUUGUGGUAAGACACCCACCAAACCCGGAGAAGAAGCAGAUCUGUACCAGUCUAGAGAUUCUACAGUAUGUCACAACGUUCCUGAUAGAUCUGUCACAGGAUUUCGCACAUCACCGCAGUGUCACAUGGGGUGGAGAGUAUCUAGAUUUCAGCGGUAUACCCCUGGAUACUCUGUGUGAGAUCUAUCAUACAUUUAGAGCUAGAGAUGAGGAGAAAUGGCAGACAUGUUCCUUGAUGACUCUACAGUUGAUAUUCUGUCUUCUUCCUGCAUUUACAGGACUGUCAGGGGAAAGUAAGGUGUCUGCAGAGUCAUUGUUCCAACAUCUGUGUAAGACUGUGGAUGAUCAGAGUGUAGACCAGAACAGCAGACAUUACAAGCUGUGUAAACAGCUCAUAAUUGAUGGUGCUGCUGUGUUUUUCUCAGACAAAGAGGCAAGGAAGAAACAACUGUUCUCCAUGAUGCAGAAAGUUGAGACCCUAUCAGAGACUCCAUCAGUUAUGCUGGUAUUCCAGUCACUGUGCCAGUUCUUCAGUUCUGUAGACCCACGAGGACUUCUCGACCUGCCAAAAAAUCCCUCUGAUGCAUUUGACCCAACUCAGGUUCUAGAGGUGAUGGAAACCAUGGUGAUGGUAACCUUUCAUGAGUUUAGCCUUGUUGUGAAGUCUGGAGCAGCCAAUGACCAGUUACUUCCCUUGUUACAACUUGUGAGCUCUCUGCAGACGUCACUUCUCGCCUGGACGUGGUGGCAGACAUCGGAAGGCACGGAUGCCAUCAAGGUCAAGGGCAUGCACACAGCAACUACAUAUGCAAUAUUGGUGGCAGAGAGAGCAACUGAAGCAUGCAAGCUUCUACAGAGCAAAGAUGAAGAUUCCUUGAAGACAUUGAUACCUAAGAUAGAGACAUCAUUCCUGGGUUCUGUGGUGAGACAGAUGGUCCUGUUGAUGACGUACCUGUGUCCGAGCCUCAGCUCUUCCUCAAGGGUCAGUCUGCUACAGAAACUACAGCCACUCAACCAGGAACUGAUGAAGCUCGGAGGACUUAUACCUGACGUGUUCCCUACUAUCAGUAGCACACACUGGCAGAGCGCUCAUGCUGAGGAUAUCGUAUUACGUACUUGGGAGGUAGAAUCGGCACACAACUAUGAGAACAAUGUCCACUAUACACAGGUGUUUAGUUGUCCUGGAGCAACCAAGUUUAUCGUAGAUUUUGAUGCCAGAUGUGAAACUGAGAGAAGGUAUGACUAUCUAGUGUUCACAGAUGCUAAAGGCCAACAGAUGAGGUUUGAUCAGAAGGUGGGCUCACAGAAAUGGCCCAAACAGAUUCCGUUCAUGGGGCCACAUAUCCACUUCCUGUUUCACUCAGAUAGCAGUAACACUGAAUGGGGUUACAAGUUCAAGGUCACAGCUAGAGGUAGUCCAGAUAUGCCCUUGUCCUGGCCGUUUGACCUUCAGCUUGGUAUGACCAAACUUGUUGGGAGAUUGUGUGGUGCUACACUAAAUGCCAAUCCAGAUCAGUUAAUGGAACUAGAGGAGGCAGCAGAACAAGAUAUAUUGAGAAGUGAGCUGUGGACAACGUUGUUCCGGGGUGGAUAUAUGAUAGGCAAACUACAGAGGUCACUGUCAGGCAAAUAUGCCUCAGAAGACACUACAGUGUUGCUGGAGUUCCUAUGGUCUUGUAUAAAUGGUGAGGAGAAGUCGGCAGUGUUUCUACACAAAUGUAAGGAAGGCAGUAAGGUAUUGCCGAUGGGUGGGGAAAAUGUUAGUGCAGCUGUCCUUGCUGUGUUCUGUGCCCUGGUCUGGCAUACACAACAGCUCAGAGAGGAUCUUGAAAAAUAUGUUCAAAAUGGUGGAGAUGGUUGUAUAUCGGAUGGUCUGUGUCAGGCAUUCAAUGCUGCUGAAACUUUGAAACCAUUACUAGUACAACAGCGACAGAAGAUUGCGGCAGAACAUGAAGGCUCGGAGAUUAAAGAGGAGGAUGAUCCUGCUACUAUAUGUAAACAGAAGGCCCUGUAUCUACUGAAAUUUGCCGGACUCACCAAAACUCAACUUAAACAAGAGUUAUCUAAGAUGAAGCUGUCCAAACAGAUGAAGAAAUUGUCUCGUCGAGGUGACAAAUUUGGAAACAAGUUUGACCUAUCAGAGAAGUUCCCGUCAUUCCGACUGGUUCUGGAGUUUGUACAAGAUCAGGCGUGGAGUACAGAGAAAGUUCACAACAUGUUACAAGAGAGGACACAACAUGCACAAGCUGUAGCUGAUGUGUACAUGAUCAGUACAGAACUGAUCCGAAUGUUGUCUGAGGACAAACCGUUCCAGAUCCUGAUUGUGUUAUUUCUCCAAGAAAUGUUGAGUUUCCAGGAUGGAUUUGCUCGACACUAUGCUGAAGGUUUAGAUGGGUGUGGCCUGGAACAGGAAGCCAAAGUCCGACAUUCUUACUAUACUCUCAUACGUAGACUGACAGAUGCCUUUCAUAAACACAGGAGACAUGAUCUUGAUCCAAAGUUACAUGCGGCCUAUGAUUAUAUACAAGGAGCGUUAUUACAUCUACUGGAUAUACACUGGCAGCCCUAUGACCUUAACUUUAUCUCGGAUGUGAAGCUGCCUGCUCUGUUUUCAAUGGUUGCCAAGGAGACUGUGAAGAUGCGUGACUGUCGUAUGGAGAAACUAGAUGAGGCAGAGGAACUGAAGGAGUACACACAGCAUAUGAAGUGGUUUGAUGAAUGUAGUAGUGGCUCUUUCGUAGAUUGGUACAAAAACAAGGAGGAUCUUGGCGAUGAUGAGAAAAAGGCAGUACAGAUGUUUAUAGCCAGGUUCUGUGAUCUGUUAGAGGUUGAAGUGAACUGUGAUGGCUGUAAUGUUACUCUGCCAGGACGGAGAUAUAGAUGUCUACAGUGUAUAGACAUGGAUCUCUGUGCCACAUGUUAUGCAGGUGGAGUAGAACCAGAGAAGCACACAGAUGAACAUGACAUCAUACACCUUGUGUACAAGUGUAACAAAUGUCACUUUAUAGUUGGGACCAGGGUUUAAAGUAAGUGUGAAAAUUUUUUGUGUCCCGGUUCAUCUCAAGGAAAUUACCCCGGGCAUCUGCCAACUUCUAUUUCCCAAAUCCAUCAGAUAAAAGAGACAGAUUCUCUAAUUCAAGCGUACAUACACCAGCAUGUAUGGAUGUUGUUUACACUACUGGCUAUCUCUAUGGGGGAUAUUAUAUUCAACACAGAGAAUGGGGUGGUCCUGGACCAUGACUACACUUCUCUAGCUACACACCUACAGAACCAAUGUAUCUCCAUCACUACACAUUGUCUACAGCAGGUCCCUGAUGAUGAAGAUGAAAAUCUGAAAAGACCAAUGCAGGUGCCAGCAGAGGAAUCAAAGAGUGAGGAGGACAAGACAGACAAAGAUACAGAUGAAAAAGACAAAUCAGUGACCCUGUAUGAAGAUAGGUCUAUAGAGACAAGACAGGAGGAAGCUUUCUCUAUACAUUCACAAGAGAGAUUCAUGGGAUUGCUGGGUGCAAUGAUUCCACAUGAUACAAAUGCUGGACUAAGUGGAACAAGUUUCAACUUUAUGACAGCAGAGUUCCUGAAACUACUAUUUAAAAUAUCCAGAGGAGAAAGUGGCCAUGAAGUAAAUACGAGACAUCUUGCCAUGGGUCUGCUGGGAUUGCUGCUUACAAAAUGUCCUGUCAAGGUAGCAGACAGUUCAGUAGACAGGGAAGUAAGUACAGGUGAAAUGGAUGGAUACAGCACUAUCAAAUACCUGUUUACGUUUGGAGCUAAUUGUUUAGAGAAGAGUGGUUUAGAAUGGUCAUGUUCUGUUGCUAGGAUACUACAGAGAUUGUACAACUCCCAGGAAUGGAAACUUGUACUACAUCAUCAUCUCACGGAAUGCGUACAGAAUAUCGCCAAGAAGCCGGAGCUGUCUUCAAUCUUUGCUAUGUUUGUGAUGGCAGGAUUCCCAGAGGUGCUAACUACCGGAACAUUGGUGACAUACAAUCAUACAGGAAUGGAUCAUAAAAGGGGCGUGGUUCUCAAACAUUACCCGGAUAAACACACAACAUUGCUGGUAGAUGUCAAGACAAGGAAAAGACAUACAGUGCCAGACAAAUACAUAGACUGUGUAUCCAUGACAACAGAAGUCUGGGACUCUACAAAUAUUGUAGUGUUUGUAAAUAUUGUCAAAGAUAUUGUUGAUAAGAAAAGCGCUGAGACAGUAGAGAAUGUAGAGAAUCUCUGGGUGUUAUCACUGGCAUUGAAACUUCUACACAACAGUCUGCAGAAUGCCAGUAACUGCUGUAUACUAGAGUUGUAUGCUUCUGACUUUAUUCAAUGUCUCGUCUCUACAGCCAGUAAGGGGACAGGAUUCAGUCAACAAUGGUUAUUAAAGGAUUUGGAGGUAUUAUCUCUGAUGUUGUACACACAUGAAGGCUGUACUACCACUGUGAAGAAAGCACCUGCUACAGCGUCUGAGUUACAGACCAAGUUGAAAGAAGCUAUUAAGAAUUCUAAAGCAUUGAGUAAAGACGAGGACUCUGACAGUGAUGAGAGUUUGAUGAGUGACUCGUCUUCCUCAAUAUCGUCGGGAAACACGGAGAUAAACAUCGUGGAUGAGUUGGAUAUGUUCCAUGAGCUAGAUGAGAAAACACAACUUAUGUUCAGGAUACUGAGAAGUGACCUGAACUUGCCUAUAUCUGUACUGAAAGUGAUCUAUGACAUGAAUGACAGAAAUCCUGAUGCUGUUGUCAAAGCCAUUCUUGAAAAUUUUGAAGGUGUAGAUGCUACCCCUAAGGAAAUCAUAAAGAAACUUUCAGAGAAAUGGGAUACUAUACUGCAAUCUCAGCACCCUGAGGCCAUACUGAGUACAACGCUGUCAGAGAAGGUGAUAGAUACUGGCAUACACUAUCAUCCUUCACUUAAACAAACGGAGAGGAAGAUAGAGAAAGCAUCAGAAGAGACAGCAGUUGACACACAGAAGUUGAUACAGUGUCCCGACAAUGAUGUGCAGGAUGAGAUCAUUAAACAAAGGAGAACCAAGAGUGCUGACUUACUGAAGAAAGAACUUGAAAAACACGGGAAAACUGGAACAAGGGAAUAUCUUGCCAAAGUGAACAUGGCUAUGUCGGUGCUGUAUGCUAGACAGGUCCUCACCAGCUUGCUUGCUCAUUGGCCAGCCUAUGGUCAUGUGAUCAAUUCUGAUCUGCUUGGAUGUAAGGAAGUGCAGCAGAUACCAUGUGUCCUUGACCUUCUGUAUAAAACAGGAAGUCGUGAGAACUUUCAGAAAGUUGUACAGAAUCUGGUACAUCACUGUGAGAAGAAGAGCCUGGUACCGAUAGCUCGUACAGCUUGUCAGUUCAUGGAGGAAGUAACAAUGUCAGUGAUCACGAAGGAAUCACAACAUAAUUAUAAAACUGGUGAGAACGAAAUGGUAAAGGAGAAAAUACAGCUGCCUGGUGCCUCGUUCCUUACUGUCAACUUUGACUCAAAGUGUUCAACACGAGAACAAGAUGUACUGAUGUUUAGUUCCACCUCUGACAUGCAACAGAACAACUACAAGAUGUCCGGCUCAUCUAGAGGUGUCUGGAACAGUUUCCAAGUACCAGGUGACACAAUAUACUAUGAGUUUGAGACAGAAUUAGCAAAUGCCAAUACCCACUGGGGUUACAAGUUCACAGUGACAGCAGGUACCAGAGAUAGUUUCGAGACAGGAUAUAUCAUACUUAAUGAUGUACUCACGUCUAACAUGGCCAGAUGUUUACCACUGAGUGAAUUGUGGACAUCUCUGGUUUAUGUUGCCAGCAAGCAGACGGGCACACAGAGACUGAAAACAAUUCAGCUUCUUCUCAAGAUUGUUCAGACACAGCACAGAGAUACAGACCUGGAGAAGUUAGACGUCAACUUGGGUCUACUGAAGCCACUAUGGCAGUUGUACAAUAACAUGACAAAACAGGAGUCUGAACCUACAGUUAUACUACCACCUGUUUCACGUGCACUCACUGAACUCUUCCUUCAGGUGGAAAAUCUUGCCAUUGAAUGGAACAUGGUGAAUGAAUACCUCGUUCUGAUGCAGGAUAUAAGUGAACUUAAGAUGGCUGUAUCACAGGGUAUACAGCGUAUAGCCGCUGUGAGUCUUAUGAUAGGACACAAGAACCUGGCGACGGAGCUGACUCUGGCGGCACUACGGAGGAAAAAAUCACAGGAAGAAAGUGCUUCAAAAUCAAAGAACAAUAAAUCUUUGUGAUAAAUGCUGCCAGAACUACUUUCUCUUAAAAAAUAGUGCUAGACGAUUUUCUCAUGACUGUUGAAUAUAGUGCUACAGAGUACAGACUGUAUAAAUUCAUAAAUCCUUUGUUAUACCUUCUAAGUAUAUAAACAUUUUGUAACUCGCUUUUACUACUUAUACAUUUCUCUUUUAUACUAAUUCCAAAUUUAUUCCGACUAAACUUUCAUAGGUAAACAUAUAUAUUUUGUCAGCAAAUCUAAAAAAAAAGAAAAAGAAAAAAGCAGGAAUAAUUUUGAGUAGUCUUCUUCUUCUUCUCGUAUGCGACUACACUGUCAGACCAGUAGCCUCGAUGAAACUUGUGGUUUGCCGCAGAUCCUCAAUGCCUCCAUACAGUUUCUGGUGGUUUGAGGUAUCUAUCGGCCAAGUAUUUUGAGUAGUAAUCUUUUGUUGAACAGUUUGAUUGGUUUCCACAUUUAUAAGGUAUAGCAGUGAAAAUUACAUACCAGAAUAUAGAAAAGGGGUUUGCUAUAGGUUUUCAGUUUAUGUGUAUAUAUAGAAAUGUGAUAGAAGUUAAUAGAACAAGGGCCGUAACUCUUGCUGAUACUAAUAUGUCUGAGAUUGUUACCUGUUUUGACACAGACAAAUUAUCAUUAAUAUUUUUGAUCAUGAGAAAUGACAGAUGGCUUUAAAUCCUUUGUAGUAAUACAUGUACCAGUAUGUUGAGUACAUACAUACUCUGUCUGUCUUCACUAGGUACAGGCAAACACAUAUGUUUGGAAUAUUAGACAUAUAGUAUAUUAAUUGUUAAGUAUUGUUAAUUGUUUUUCAUUUGAUGUGUUAACAAUUUGCUCGGGAAAAAAGUGUGUCUCCAUUUUGUGUGUUACUGACAGGCCCUCUGGCUUUACGUACUAAUUCACCACAAUAAUAAUACAGGAUUACUUGUGACAUUUUGCCUGUAAUUUGCAGUCAAGUGUAAAUCAUGUAAAAUAUUGUUAAAAAUAUUCUUGUUUUAUCCAUGGUUGAAUGUUAAUAUGUUGUUAUUUUGAAUGUCUGUUGGAAUGUUAAAUAUAAAUAUCAAAUAAUGUGAUUUGAGUACAGACACUGACUUGUAUUGGAACAAAAGUGAAUUAUGGCAUGUAAGUGAAAGCAGUCAUGUCUAAUAUUUAUGUAUAAGGAAGUUUUAAAAAAUUGAUAGUCAAAUGGUUUUCAGACACACUUCAGUAGAGAAAUAGUUACAUAGUACUUGCAUAAUCAGUACACAAAAGAUGUUCUAGUACUGGUCUGUAGUGAAUUAGUAUUAUUGUACUAAUUCCUGAAUAGUAGCCACCAUGAGGGUAUGAGAGAAGCUGUAGUUAUCUAUUGUCACCUUUUUAACAUGACAUGGAAAGGGAGCAAACCCACGGCUUCCCACUUUGCAAAUAGCACUGUACUUCCAGGCUAACAAGCCAAACAGAGUAUACCAUACAUCCAUAAAAAUGAUACAAUAUUAAUUUUUAUAUAUGCUUAAUAUUAUUUGAAAUAAUAUUUGUAAUACUACAUAUAAAAUUACAUUUUAUUUCAGUUUGGUGGGAGUAAAAGUGAUCUAACUAUCUAUUACAAUAUAUUGUUCACAAUUCUGAAAUAUCUGCUUUAUGAUGAUGUUAUUUCCAAAUACAUUCUUGCUAAUCUUUUUAUCCUUUGGUAUAUACGUGUAGUAGAACAACUAGAAUCUUUAUAUCCCUGCUGCUGAGAUUUAGGGGGGGCGGGUGUGAGGAGGAAAAAAGAGUCAUCUUGUGAUACUACUUGUAAGUCUGUAACAGUUGUAGCCUUUCUCAUUUCGCUUAUUAGGAUGGCUUAUGAUAUCCCUCUAAGCCGUGCCGGGACAGGGACAGUCAAAAGUUACCACGCUGUUCCUAAACGUCCUAUUAUUUGGACUACAUGUGUUAUAUAAAAUAUAUGUAACUAAUUUGUCUUGUUAUUGUGUAUAAUUUCUGUUAGAGUGAUAUGAAAGGAAAAAUUAAACUGUGAUAAAACACUG